UUUUUCUAUUUUUUCACUCCAUUAAUGGAGGGAAGCUCGAACUUUACAAACUCCAAAAACACAGUUUUUUUUUACUGAAAAUCAGAUAUCACUGAAAACCCCCUUUUUUUUUUCUUUGUGGCGCCAUUUGUUCACCAACCCUUUUCAAUUUGAGCUUCAUUCUUGAUAGUACUCUGUUUUUUUUGUAGAUGAUGGAAAUGGAAGAUAAAGAGAGUACAGAAUCUGGGUCACUAGGGGUUAACUCGGAGUAUGAUUCACCACCACCACCACCGGCGGCACCAGUGGUGGCAGCAGCAGUAGCAGGAACAAAUGGGAGUUUUAACAGUGGGGGUGGUGGGGUAGUGGUACCCCAAGUGAUGAAUAUGAGUUUAGGAGGAACUGGGGGUGGAGGGGUGGUGGGUAGUGGGGGUAAUGGGGUAGUGGGUAGUGGUGACAAAAAGAAAAGAGGAAGACCAAGAAAAUAUGAUGCUGAUGGAAAUUUAACACCUCAAUAUAUAAAAGCUGCUGCAGCAGCAGCUGCUAAAGCAGCAGCUGCAGUAGGAAGUGGUGGUGGUGGUGUCGUCGGCGGAGCUGUCACUUCACCGGGUGGUGGUGGUGGAGUGACAUCGCCGCCGACUGGUUUUACUAUAACGUCGCCGGUGCUUUCUUCCGGUGGCUUUUCUUCAUCUAAAAGAGGACGUGGAAGGCCCACUGGUGCUGGUAACUUGCAAUUAAUUGCUUCUUUGGGUGAAUUGUUUGCUCACACAGCUGGAGGUGAUUUUAUGCCUCAUGUGGUUACUGUUCAUACUGGAGAGGAUGUGGCAGGAAAGGUUUAUUCUUUUGUGCAGAAGGGUUCAAGAGGGAUCUGUGUUCUGUCUGCAAAUGGUGCUGUUUCGAAUGUUACGAUUCGUCAGCCUGGUUCUUCUGGAGGUCUAUUGACAUAUGAGGGACGCUUUGAGAUCUUAGCAUUAACAGGGUCAUACACUGUUUCUGAUAACGGUGGCAUGAAAACUAGGUCCGGUGGAUUGAGUGUUUCUCUAGCUGGCCCAGAUGGGCGUGUUAUUGGUGGUGGUAUUGCUGGUUCACUUACGGCUGCAAGCCCCAUCCAAAUGGUGGUUGGAAGUUUCAUGCCAAACGCUUUUAAAACACACAACAAAAGGAAGCAUCAUCAGAUCGAACCAAGAAUGCCUCCAGUCAUCCACAGCUCUCCGGACCCUGUUUCAAUGAUAAGACCUGUCUCACAAGCACCACCGGCGAGCAACAUUACUCUGACUCAGACAUCUCAAAUACCAAUCCACAACCACGGUGAAGCUGACAACAGCACGAGCAACAAAGAUAUGCCGAAUUCCACCUCUACAGACACUUCUGACUGUAAUGGAUCUGAACCAACAUUCGAGCAGAGAUCAUAUCCAGAUAUUAACGUGUCUAUACCUAUGGAGUAAAGUAAAGCUCGACGAAUCGAACCAAAACUUGACUAUAGUUCUUUUCUGCUUAGCUGAUUCCUUGUUUUGUGCUCAUGUCUGUGCUGAUUGUAAUUUUGAGGAAUCAUUAGGACUGCUUUAUUAGAAACUUUUUUUAAGUAUUAUGCUGACAUGACUAGAAAAAGGGCUAAUAUAUCUUUUGUUUUUCUGGUUGUUGUAAUGUUUUUAUAC